AUGGAAAAAGUUCUGGAAAAAAAAUCCAUUGAAUUAUAUAGCGGAAAAUAUUAUAUUACGUGUGCUUUUGGUGGUGUUCUAGCGUGUGGUUUAACCCAUACCUUUGUUACGCCACUUGAUCUUGUAAAAUGUCGCAGACAGGUCGAUGCUAACCUUUACAAGGGUAACUUUGAUGGAUGGAAAAAGAUUUAUCGUGCUGAAGGCUUCAGAGGUUUAUACACUGGAUGGGUUCCAACUUUUAUCGGUUAUUCCUUCCAAGGCGCCGCAAAAUACGGUUUUUAUGAGGUUUUCAAGAAAAAGUACUCUGAUUUAGCCGGCGAAGAAAAUGCCCACAAAUAUAGAACCACUCUCUAUUUAGCUGCUAGCGCGAGUGCCGAAUUUUUUGCUGACAUUGCUUUAUGUCCAUGGGAAGCAUUAAAAGUAAGGAUGCAAACGUCCACUGUCCCAUUUGCUAAUUCGACGGCCGAAGGUUUCCAAAAGAUUCUUAAACAAGAAGAAUAUAUUUAUAAAUCUCUUGGGAAACCCAAAGAAGAAUACAACAAACUUGAACAACUUGGUGUAUCUUUCCUCGGUGGAUACAUUGCUGGUGUUUUUUGUGCGAUAGUCAGUCAUCCUGCAGAUACUUUGGUUUCUAAGCUUAAUAAUGUACAAAAAGCCGAAGGUGAAUCAACUCUUGCUUUAUCAAUGAAGCUCACUAAAGAACUUGGCUUCGCUGGACUCUGGAGAGGUCUUGGUACUCGUGUUAUAAUGAUUGGUACUUUGACUGCUUUACAGUGGUUAAUUUAUGACUACGUUAAAGUGUAUGCUGGAUUACCAACAACUGGCUC